CUAGGCUCCAAUCGUUUAACUACUUGGGGCUGUUCUUAUUAUGUAUCAUCUAUUUAAUCUCACACCGUGUAAGUGCAGACCUUCAAACCGCACGUAAGGGUUAGCCAGCCAAUGAUCAGCUUGAGCUCCUCUAGGCGACAAUGCGGGUAAGUACCUAUCAUGAUAGCCACAGGCGGCUAUACCCGGGUUCUACGCAUAAUAGGACGUGCCGCGUGCGAUCUUUUAAUCAUUCCGAGCCAACUGAUCAGAAGAUGCAGGUUCUUGUCGACUGCCGUUGUAGGCCUUAUCGACCAGCUGGCCAACAAGCCGGUCAGCGACCACCUUAUUAGGACGAAUUCACGUAGUAUAACGAGCUGCAUCUUUCGUCCGAGUUGUUUCCUCGUAUCACCAUGAUUGCGCAGCAGGAUGACGAGGAAACAUCUCUUCUGCAACGACCUGAGCGGCCAACGGCCAAGACACCUCUUCCCUGGGAUCAAUUUUGGAUUUUACUGUUCUUGGAGAUGCCAGAUCCUGUUUCUUCUUACAUCCUUGCACCCUUUGUUCCUCAACUCAUUAGAGACAUUGGAGUAACUCACGGAGAUGAAUCCCAGGUCGGUCACUAUGUCGGCAUCCUACAAUCAUCAUACUAUGCAGCUCAUACCCUGACUAUCUUUCAUUGGAGCCAACUGUCCGACCACAUCGGGCGGAAGCCUGUAAUACUGACAGCCCUAUCAGCAAUUUCUAUAUCGAUGUUUUCGUUUGGGCUGUCGAAGACCUUCUUCGCUCUGGUAGUCAGUCGUGUUGUCUGCGGAGCAUUUGAUGCGAGCAACAGUGUCAUCAAGAGCAUGCUGAUGGACAUCACAGACGUAACCAAUAUGCCUUUGGCAUUCAAUUAUAUAUCAAUUCCGUGGAUGAUCGCAACCACAAUUGGACCACUCAUUGGGGGAUCGCUCUCUCGACCAGCAGACAGAUUCCCUGACAUCUUCGGGCGAUCAGAACUCCUGAAAAUGUACCCAUAUCUUCUGCCGUGCUCUAUUUCGGCAUUUUUUACAUCAAUAGCUUGGUUAGUCACGCAUGUCUGUCUUAAAGAGAGCGUUUCCACCAGGACACCGCUUUUGGAGCUAAUCAAAGGAGCAUUCUUCGGACAGUCGUAUUUGAAGUCUCGCCAGCCAUCGAGCAAUGUUAUAGUUGAUCCUGGGGAGGCGAAUGCUGGAGAAGUUCAAUCAAAGCCGCUUUCGCUGCGUGCUUUACUAACCCCGAAAGUGUUGAGCGUAACAGCAAGUUAUGCCACGACAGGCAUGCUUCAAAUGUCGCUCAGUUCGGUCCUACCUAUUUUCUAUGCAACACCAAUUGAACUUGGUGGUCUUUCCCUUGACCCUUCUCGCAUCGGCACGUUGCUCGCGGUACAAGGUGCCGCACAUGGCGUAUUUCAGCUACUUUUCUACGCUCGUUUGCAUGAUCGCUUCGGCGCAGGAGCUAUCCAUAUGACCGGCGUUAGCUCCGGCAUACCCACCGUCAUUUUAUUUCCAGUGAUCAAUACUCUGGCUCGAGUCUAUGGAAUAGGUAUGGCUGUAUGGCUGUGUGUUUCCGUCCAGCUUGCGCUGACGACUAGCCUGAUCAUGUGCUACCCCUGCAUAACAUUAUUCAUCAGAGCAGCUGCUCCCAAUCGUGCCUCAGUCGGAGCAACCAUUGGAAUAGGCCAGGUGGCUGUCGCGGUAGCAAGAAUCAUUGGUCCGGCAUCUGCAGCUUCGGUCUUCUCUUACUCAAUAGAGGCAGGGCAUGAUGCGUGGUUGAUAUAUUACUUUUUGAUCACAAUUGCAUUUCUCGCAGUAGGUACUUCUCUAUUACUUCCCCAUGAUCCUAGUGUAUGGGAAGAUUCCCAAUAACAUUAUCGCGAAUGUCCGCGUGUCAUCUAGUGUAUUAGGGGGUGGAACUGGCAAAAUUCUAGGCUACGUAGACUACAUGCAUGUAAGUAUGACAUUCCCAAUGGAUAGCAUUGAUUUUGCC